GAUCGGUACGGGGCAACACGAUAAAAAUCGCGAAAACAUUUCAGAGAGGGUAAAAAGCGCGAAAUUUGAUUAGAAAAAAAAUUUUGUCACUUUUAUUAUUGUAGAGCUCAUCUCAUCGCUACAACAAAGACAUAUUUCUCGAGGAUUCAAGAGCUUAAAUAUGACCGUGGAUGUUCAUCGUUGCCGUUUCGUGGACUACCAACCACAUACCAUCACUGGGCUUUCAUUUUCACACAAAUCAACCAAGAAAUUCUCCCCAGCAGACUUGCGUUUAGCUGUUGCAAGAAAUAAUGGUGAUAUUGAAAUAUGGAAUCCAAAGAAUAAAUGGAUCCAUGAAACUACAUUAUACGGUGGUAAAGAUAGAAGUAUAGAAGGCUUAGUAUGGUCCACUCGUGAAUCUGAACAACCAAGAUUAUUCUCAAUUGGUGGUUCUACUGUCAUUACUGAAUGGGAUUUGAAAACUGGUUUACCAUUGAAACAUUUUGAUUGUAAUGCUGCCAUCAUUUGGUCAAUUUCCAUAAAUGAAUCACAAGAUAAAAUCGCAGUUGGAUGUGAUGAUGGUACCGUAGUGGUUGUUGAUAUUUCUGGUGGUCCAGGUUCUAUUGAACAUUUUGCAUUUUUACAAAGACAAGGCUCUAGAGUUUUGAGUGUUACUUGGAAAGAAGAUAAUUAUAUCAUUGGUGGUUGUGCAGAUGGCCGUAUUAGAGUAUGGAACUUUGGAGGUGAUAGUCAGCUACAUAAAUAUAGUUUAUUAUCAACAAUGAAGGUUGAUAAAUCCAAGCAUGAAUCAACAUUAAUAUGGUCUGUUAUUUAUUUACCAAAUCAGAAUCAAAUAGUUAGUGGUGAUUCAAGUGGAUCUGUUAAAUUUUGGGAUUUCUCUCAUUUCACUUUGUUGCAAAGUUUCAAGGUUCAUGCUGCUGAUAUCUUGACUUUGACUACCGAUUUAUCAAAUGAAAAUGUCUUCACUGCAGGUGUCGAUAGAAAGAUUUUCAAAUUUCAAUUAAUUGAAACCAGCACCAAUACAAACAAAAAGCAACUAAGAUGGUCUAAUGUUUCAAAUAGAUUAUUCCAUUCAAAUGAUAUCAGAUCAAUGACUUCAUAUGAAUCCAAAAAUUUUAACUUUUUACUAUCUGGUGGUGUUGAGAAAAGUAUCGUGAUAAGUUCAUUAAAAUCAUUCACUGAUGGUCAAUAUAGAAAAUUAUCAAUCAUUCCACAAGAACAACAUGUCACAAUGAAUAAAUCUCAAAACUUGGUGGUGAUGUGGCAAGAACAAACAGUUAAGAUUUGGAGACUAUUGAAACGUAAAUUGAUUGAUGAAAGCGAUGAUGAAGAGGAUGAAAGAAUGGAAGAUGCGGAUGCACAAGAAGAAGAUGAAGCUAAUUAUAAGGAAACUUUUGAAUUAGCAGCCAAAUUAACUUUAGCAGAUGAUGAAAACAUAACAUCGGUUGCAUUAUCACAAGAUGGUACCAUUUUAGCAGUUGGUAGAUUGACAACUACAAAAUUAUUUAAACUGUCACCAAAAUCCAAUUCUAGCAAAUUGAAAGUUUCCAAGAUUGAUGAACAACAGAUACAAGCACAAGGUUCAAAACAUUUAUUAUUCAACGGUAGUGAUUCAUUAAUAUUGACUACACCAGAUAAUGAAAUCUAUAGAUUCAAUUUAGAUGAAGAAUCCACAGAUGAACAAGUUAUUGAAUACGAAUUGAGUGACUUACCUCGCUCAAAAUCUAAAUUACCAUAUAUUGAAAACAUCAACCAUAUAAAAUUGACCCAUAAUAAUGAAAAGUUAGUUGUGUCAAGAGUGUCUGGUGCCAUUGAUUUAAUUGAUUUGAACAAUUCGGAUAAGAUAGAGUCUACGCCAUUCUUGAGACUUUCAAGUUAUAUCAAUAGAAUCGAAGUUUCUUUGAAGAAUACAUUGAUUGUUAUCACACAUGAGAAUAAGAUUUAUGAAUUUGAUUUAAAUAAUGAAUCAAAUUCUGCACAUUUAACAAAUUGGUCCAAGAUUAAUUCAGAAUUUUUACCAAAACAAUUUACAAGCUUACAAGAAUCACCAUUAGGUAUAUUUUUGGAUGUUUCAAAUAGAGAUAAAAUUUGGAUUUAUGGUUCAACUUGUUUAAAUAUUCCAAUUAAUAGAUCCAAAAAGGAUAAGAAACGUAAUAGACAUGGUGUUCAAAUUGGUGUUAAUGAAGAUAUUGCCGUUGAAGAUGAAGGUUUAGAUGAAAGUGAUGAUGAACAACAGAUCGAAAAUGAAUUAUUACAGGAUCAAGUCACACGUUUAUUAGAACGUAAUGACUUCAUCAAAGAAGUUGCUACUGGUGACGAAGAUAAGAAUGGUGUUCCAUUCGCUAUUACUCGUAAAUAUAAACCAAUAUUGUAUGCUAAUAGUUUAUUGAAUGAAGGUGAAAUCAUUGUCAUUGAAAGACCACAGUUUGCAUUAUCGCAACCUCCUGCAUUUAAACUAAACCAAAUCAGAGUUUAG